AUGGAGAAUAAGAAGAAUGACAAGAGCAUGAGCAUUCACGACAUCCUCCCUCUUGACCUGAUUCACAGAAUCCUACUGCGGGUACCGAUCAGACAUCUCGCUCGCCUCAGGUGCGUUUCCAAGCUGUGGUACUCUCUAAUUUCUGAUCCCGACUUUGCGGAAUUGCAUUUUCACCGCUCUCCCGUUGCCACCAACGCAUACUUCAUCAUAGAAAACCUGGCUAUGGCUUACUUUGUUUACUUAGACGACAAUGAUGCAUCACAAAAAGUGAUGUCUCCCCCUUUCAAGAAGAAACCUUCUCAUUUUGCGGUUUUGGGAUCCUGCAGAGGCUUUAUUCUCUUGUAUCGAGAUCCACAUUUUCUUGUGGUAUGGAACCCACUUACUGGAUUCAGCAAAAGAAUAUCCUAUGUUCAUAUUUUUGCUCGUCAUAAAUAUUAUGUCGCUAGGCUUCCUUAUAAGUUCCAUCUCUAUGGAUUCGGUUAUGAUGCUUCACAGGAUGACUACUUAGUUGUUUUAGCUUGGCAGGAUAAGGAUGACCAUUAUCACUUGGAUUACUUGUCCCUGAGAACCAAUUUAUGGAUUAAUCUUGAUGCUGCACUCUCUAAUCUCGUGGAUUCUUAUAACUGGAAUCCUCGUGGGUUGUUUUUUAAUGGCACUAUUCAUUGGGUGCCUAGUAUUUUUGAAUCUUAUAAGGAUAUUAUUCUCAUCUUUGAUAUGAAGGAGAGGACUUUUUCAAGUUUAUCUAUGCCGGAACAACCUGUAAAGAGUGUAUGCUCCUAUUCAAUUCUCGCCCUACUAGGAGGCUGGCUAGCCUUGUAUUAUCGCAAUUAUGAUAGUCGUAAAACCGAGAUAUGGGUGAUGAAAGAAUAUAAAGUGCACUCAUCUUGGACUCUCUAUCAGAUUCCUUGCGAAGUCUUUCACCCGUUGUGCUCUUCCAGUAACGGUAAUAUUAUUGGAAGAGGUUAUACUUUCCUUGAUAAGAGAGGGCUAUCAAAUUCACCAUCAAGUUUAGCAUCACCAAAGAUUCAAACAAAGAAAGAAGAAUGA